CUGUAACAAAAACAUGAUCUUUGCACUAACAAUAACAUGCUUUAUAACUUGGCUAUGGAACAAACUUUUUGGGAACAAAAUUAUUGGAACUUAGUGUUCUAUGUUUUGGGAACAAAAACUAUUUGGCUCAACAUUAUAAAUCCUACUCAGCCAGAAAAAUCGAAACAAGGGAGCUUUACAAAUCAUUUUCCACAAGAAAGAUUCGAAAAGAGAAUCUCACUUCAGUGGUGAGAUGACAUGGCAAGAUUUGAUUGAUAGGGUCGCAUGCUUAUAGAUACCCAACAGUGUAAGGUCCACCGAUCAAAUCUUUCCACAGCAUCUCACCACCCAAUUUAGGUCUUACCUCAGAAAAUAUCUAAUCCGUGACUACGUGUAUGAGACCAUAGAUGAUGAAAUUAGUUGAAUGCCACACAACAUGGAUACCAUUUGAUAUUGAAUUUGGACUGUCAAUAAAUUUUUCGUAACUGCUCAUUUAUUUCGUCCUUGUGUGGCUCAAUAUGUCUUUUCUGAAAAUUUGUUUGUGGGAACGCUGUUUGGAGCAUUAAUUCAGUUUUGAGUUUGUUGUUUAUUUCAUGCAGGAACUUGCAUUAGAGAUACAGGACAAGAUUUUAUUUAUGAUUAAUAAUAUUUCAGCUUCAAAUUUGGAUGUGAAAGCAAAAGAAUUUACUGAUGUCCAGAAAGAGCAGUACUAUCCAUGGUUUGCUCAGUAUAUGGUGAUGAAAAGAGCAAGCAUUGAGCCAAAUUUUCAUGAGCUGUACUUGAAGUUCUUGGAGAAAGUUAAUUCAAGAUUGCUGAAUAAGGAGAUUGUCAAAGCUACUUAUGAGAAUUGCAAGACACGGACGAAUGAGGUCCAGCCAGAGGUUCUACAAGGGACCUUUAAGUUCUUGGAAUGCAGUUUUGUCAUCAGGAAUGUCGAACAACAAUUCAAAUACACCGAGGUGGGAAGCACACCACCCAAGAUUAUUGAGUGGAAAUGCUCUGUACAACUAUUCAGGCGGACGCCAACAAAAAGGGCAGCAGUCACGCCUAUCAUUUAG